GGAAUUGGAAUUAUCCGUUACAGCCAUCCUGGACCUGACCUAAACCGUACCCGUACCUCGGGAUCUACUACGUACUGGACCUGUAGCCUGUAGGUUAGGUACCUAGGUACCUCGAUUAUGUACCUGGUAAAUCUGCAUGUUUGUACCUAGGCCAUGUGGGGACAUCUUCUCUUCCUUUCCUAGGGCAGGGAAUAGGUAUAGGUUAGGUAGGUACAUAGGUACAUACCAUUUUUUAUCCCAUCUCGAUUUACGUCUCAACUCACCAGUGGUAUGUUGUUACAACUUUCCACUUUUUUAAGACAGACAAUACUCUAAAUGGUUCCGUGAGAGAUCAAUGGUUAGAAUGCUCUCAGGCUAUCUGCGGAGGACUGCCAUAAGAUGCAUUCCGGGCAUCAAAGGACAGUCCCUGCCACGUCGAUGCCAACCCAUUUUCCAACUGGGACAUGCAAGAUCCCUUCAUGAAGAGACUUCUAAACUCACAGAUCCUGAACCCGUACCUACCGAGUCCGAACCUGCUGAACCCCAAGCUCAUGAUAUUCCUCAAAGUAGCUCCAGUAUAACCCCUGAUCCUAGCGACAAAUGGACAACUUAUAACAAGAAUUUCGUCAAUCUCCAGCGUAUUAGACCUACUCCCGCUUUCGGCUAUGUGGCCGGACAGGAAGUGGUUAUUUAUGGAUUUAUUGGGAAUCGAAGGGACGUGAGCUCCAACUUGAGCUUCUGUGAGAUCACUAACGCGUAUGACUUUGGUCCCCAGAAUCAUGUUCAGAUUGUUUCCAGCUGGAAGGACAACGGGUCGCUGCAGCAGGUCGCUCAUCUGGACCUGUUAAGUAUACCACACUUCAGCCCAGUCAUCGUGACCGGAACCCUCCAAAAGCCCCCCAAGACUACGGUCGCGCCUGGGAAGCCGCAGAGAUGGGACCUCAAGCUACGAACCAUACAUUGUCUAAAUCCCUUCCCGAAGGAUAUCAUUGUAUCGAAAGAUGCUGUGUGGCCGCCCACCCAGCGUCAUCUGCAGUUGCGCUUCGAUCCCCUUCUCCGUGAUAGGUUAAAAUUACGAAGCGCCCUACGGAAUGUCAUCUCAAAGCAUCUCGUCUCCAAGAGUUUCAUAGAGGUAGAGACGCCCCUCCUAUUUAAGUCUACUCCGGAGGGCGCUCGAGAAUUCCUAGUCCCAACGAGGCGGCAAGGUUAUGCGUACGCGUUACCGCAGAGUCCACAGCAGUACAAGCAGAUGCUCAUGGCGAGCGGCGUCACGAGGUAUUACCAAUUCGCCAAAUGCUUCCGCGACGAGGACCAUCGUGCCGAUAGACAACCUGAAUUCACUCAGCUCGAUAUAGAAAUGGCAUUUUCCGAUAGCUGGGAUGUGAUAAAACUCGUUUCGAGCAUCGUCGAAAGAAUUUUCCUUCACCUUCAUGAAAGAUGGUCCCCAGUUGAGGUCAACGGCAUCCAGCAUCCGACUUACGUAGGCCCGGAAGAAAGCAAAAAGAAAAGGAAAGUAAGAGAUGAGGACCGAGAGGAUUCAGAUCUUCCAGGUGUUUGGGAUGGGUUAAAACGUUAUCCUAAACUCGAAUUCAAGGACUUUACGAGGAUGUCAUAUAGCAGGGCAAUGCAGCAUUAUGGUACCGACAAGCCCGAUCUACGUAUAGCAGCGCCGUACGUCACAGGUAUCCGCGGUACAUCUAAUUUGAAAGUCUCCGAGGACUUCGUCAGACAAAUUACGGGCUUGAAGUACCCAUUUGUUGAGUGCUUCAAGGUUCGCCUUGAUGCGUCGCCGCGCAAGGCCAGGGAAUUCAUCCGGGACUUUAUGGAUUCUCUACCUAACCUCACCACGGUUAAGUUGAGUCCGGGAUGUAGGCCGGCUGUGUUUAUCUAUGAUUCCAGCAAGCCACUCAAUGGCUUGGCUGCUCUAGGACACGAAUGUGCUCAAGAAUUUGAAGCGUUUGCGGAAUCGGAAGAGAGCAAAUUCCAUGGAUGCAAGGACGGAGACAUCAUUAUCUUCCACGCACGGAAGCGAGCUUUAUUGCAUGGAAGUUCCACUGAUUUAGGUAGACUUCGAAGCGCUAUAUACUACUCUGCCGUAGAGCAGGGUCUCCUACCCAAAGACAACUCUUUCAAACCGGUCUGGAUACGUGAGUUCCCGCUUUUCACACCGAAUGAAGACACUGGGGACCCAGGCCAGGGAGGUACCGCGGGAUUCUCCUCGACCCAUCAUCCCUUCACAGCUCCUCUUUCACCUGCGGAUUUCUUCUCCGCCAAGGACCAGCCUUUCCAGGCGAAGGGCGACAACUACGACCUGGUGAUCAACGGCGUGGAGGUGGGCGGCGGGAGCCGGCGUAUCCACGUCGCCAAGCACCAGGAGUGGAUCCUGCGCGACGUUCUCAAGAUGACGGACGAGGGCAUGGCCCAGUUCUCGCACCUUAUGGAGGCGCUCAGAGCGGGGUGCCCGCCUCACGCCGGGUUCGCCUUCGGGUUCGACCGCCUCAUGGCCGUGAUAUGCGACGUGCCGUCCGUCAGGGACGUCAUCGCGUUCCCCAAGAACAACAAGGGCGAGGACCAGAUGGUCGGUAGCCCGGCCAAGAUCACGCCGGAGCAGCGGAAGACGUAUCACCUAUUCCAGGACUCGGAAUCGGAAUUGGAGUCGGAGUCGGGGCCGGAGCCAGAGCUAGAACCCAAGUUGGAGUCUAAACUGGAGCAGGAUCUAGAGUCGAAACUAGAGUAUAAACCGGAGUUGGAGUUGGAGUUGGAGCCGGAGCCAGAGUUGGAUUCGCAGUGGGGGGAGUCGCAGUUGACGGAGUCGCAGCCGGAGUCAACGCCGGAGUCAAAGUCUGGAUCAGUGCCAGCGACUUACCUAGAGUAAUCCGAAGAUCUAUUGUAGCACCAAGUGUACAUAUACAUUAAAAAAUACUGAUCUCUCUUCACCUGUUUGUAACCUGUUUGUCUAAUGGCUACUAGAGUCUUAAAAGCCCAGGAGGAC